AUGUCCCAGUCAGAGCAAACCGCCGAAAUGGCUGCUUACAAGCCGAGCCAGCAGAUGACCGCGGACGCGCCAGCCGCCGGCGCUGAUGUUGAAUCACAGAAGACCGGGGAAGAGCAGAAGCAGCCUCGCAAGCUCUGGGGUAUGAGAGGCGGCGGCAUCAUUCCGUCUUUCAAGUCGAUUUGUGCGCGUGCUUUAUCUGUUGCGAGUGUAUGGAAGGCUGCUGCCAGACAAUUGAUGACUGCUGCUGCUGUUGAUUGGGCGGCUUGGUGCACGGCGGAGGUGCUUAGAUACUAUGGAUCAUAG